AUGGACCCAACGUCCUCCUCCACCGCCUCCCUCCCCCCCUCCUCCACCGCCUCCCUCCCCCCCUCACCACCAAGGCCCCGGGGCCCAACCGGGCCCAGUGCUACCGGAAUGAUAACUGUCUACCGCUGUGCCGACGGCGACACACCGGACGUGGAGACCGAUACGCAGUCCGUCCCACCAAAUGGAGGCGCACGAAUCUGCUGUUUGUUCGUUGUGGCUGUGGUAAUGGUUCUGGCGGUAGUGCUACCGCUCCAGGGGCGGUGCGAGGCGGUGGUUCCGCCCUCACUGCUGCCACCGCCUCAUCCUCGAUACACCAACAACCAGUGCCGUGUGUACGGCAAAUACAUGUACAGUUAA